GCCCCCGCCCCUCCCAUGGCCGCCCCACCCGCUCGCGCGCCUCCGCCGCCGGCGCCCCACCCGCAUCCGCUGCUCCUGCUGCGCCUCCGCCCGCCGCCCGCUCGGAUUCCCCCGGCCCGCCGCCUGCGCCUGCGCCACCUCGCCUGGGCGGCGACCGCCACGGCCGCCGCGGCCUCCGUGGCCCCCGACGACAUCUCGCAGCUCAACUACCGCCUCCGCGCCAUCGUCCGCCGCCGCGACGCCGCCGCCGCCGCGCCGGCCUCCUCGUCCUCCGCCGCCGUCGACCCCGCGCAGGCCGAGGCCUUCCUCCGCAUGAUCCGCGACCAGCAGCGCCUCGGCCUCCGCCAGCUCCGCGGGGAGGAGGCGGAGGGCGACGGGGACAGGGACGAGGAGGGCGGGGGGAGGGCGAGGAAGGGGGUGGCGGCGGGAAGCUCGCUGGGGCACCGGGUGGACCCGCGGGAGCUGGAGCCAGGGGAGUACGUCGUGCACAAGAAGGUCGGCGUCGGCAAGUUCGCCUGCAUCAGCGCUGAGGACGGCGUCGACUACGUCUUCAUCCAGUACGCCGACGCCAUGGCCAAGCUCGCCGUCGACCAGGCCGCGCGCAUGCUCUACAGAUACAACCUGCCUCACGAGAAGAAGCCACGGAAUUUGAGCAAACUGAAUGAUCCUUCUACCUGGGAGAAGCGGAGGCUGAAAGGAAAGCUUGCUAUUCAGGAGAUGGUUGUCGACCUGAUGGAGUUGUAUUUGCAGAGGAUGAGGCAGAGCAGACCUCCAUACCCAAAGCCUCUGGAAAUGGACGAGUUUGCUGCUGAAUUUCCGUAUGAGCCUACUCCAGAUCAAUGCCAGGCUUUUAUAGAUGUUGAGAAGGAUCUGAUGGAAAGGGAAACACCAAUGGAUAGAUUAAUCUGUGGAGAUGUAGGCUUUGGCAAAACGGAAGUCGCAAUGCGUGCUAUAUUCAUUGUUGUAUCUGCAGGAUAUCAAGCUAUGGUUCUCGCACCAACGAUAAUACUUGCCAAGCAACACUAUGAUGUAAUGACUGAGCGUUUUGCCACCUAUCCGAAAAUAAAGCUUGCCAUAGUUAGUGGUGCUCAGAGCAAAGAGGAAAAAGAUGAGCUAAUAACAAAGAUUAAGAACGGAGAUUUGCAUAUCAUUGUUGGUACUCAUGCUCUCCUUACAGAAAGGAUGGCCUAUAACAAUCUUGGUCUUCUAGUGGUGGAUGAAGAACAAAAGUUUGGUGUCCAACAAAAGGAGAAGAUUGCAUCAUACAAAGCUUCUAUUGAUGUUCUUACACUCUCUGCAACACCCAUCCCACGAACCUUGUAUCUGGCUUUGACUGGUUUCCGGGAUGCAAGUUUAAUGUCUACACCACCUCCUGAAAGAGUUGCUGUAAAGACAUAUGUGUCAGCAUUUAGUAAAGAAAGGGCCCUAUCAGCUAUCAAGUUUGAGCUGCAACGUGGCGGUCAAGUCUUCUAUGUUGUACCACGAAUAAAAGCAAUAGACGAUGUGUUGCAGUUUCUCAAGGACUCUCUGCUGGAUGUACCGAUCGCUGUUGCUCAUGGAAAGAAAAUGUCAAAGAACAUACAAUUUGCUAUGGAAAAGUUUGCCAGUGGGGAAGUAAAAAUUCUUGUCUGCACACAUAUCAUUGAAAGUGGAAUAGAUAUAGCAAAUGCCAAUACAAUGAUUGUCCAAUUUGCUGAACUAUUUGGACUUGCUCAGCUGUAUCAGUUACGAGGAAGAGUAGGAAGAUCAGGGAGGGGAGGUUUUGCAUACCUCUUCUACACGGAUAAGUCUUUGCUCUCAAGAGUUGCAAUGGAUAGACUUGGAGCUAUUGAGGAGCAUUCAGAGCUUGGCCAAGGUUUCCAUGUUGCAGAGAAAGAUAUGGGUAUCAGGGGGUUUGGAAGUUUGUUUGGUGAUCAACAGUCUGGAGAUGUUGCAAAUGUUGGCAUCGAUCUAUUCUUUGAUAUGCUUUUUGACAGCUUGUCAAAGGUUGAUCAGUUUUGCCUUGUACCUGUUCCUUAUAAAGACGUUCAGCUGGAUGUAGACAUUUCUCCUCAUCUCUCCUCUGAAUACAUAAGUUAUCUGGAAAAUCCUGUUGAAUUGCUCAAUGAAGCAGCAAAGGCUGCAGAGAAAGAUCUAUGGACCUUAAUACAGUUCACAGAAGAUCUUCGUCGACGAUACGGAAAGGAGCCCCGUGAUAUGGAGUUGCUAUUGAAAAAACUCUAUGUAAGACGGAUGGCAGCAGAUCUUGGUAUCAGUUGGAUAUAUCCAUCUGGCAAAAAAAUAUUCAUGAAAACAAACAUGAACAAGAAGGUAUUUAGACUCAUGACAGAAGCGAUGACUUCUGAAACACAUCGGAAUUCCCUAUCAUUCGUUGGAAAAGAAAUUAAGGCUGAACUACUCGUCAGUUUACCAGACACUCUACUUCUGAACUGGCUUUUCCAUUGCUUAGCAGAAUGCUAUGCUGUAAUACCAGCCCUUGUGAAGUACUAGAUUCUUCUAUUUACAAUAACUGAAGGUUUUUGCCGCCACCAUGAAAGGGAACAAACUAUCCAUGCUUGAAGAGGAAGUCUAUCUCAGAAAGCAGUCUUAGCAUUUUGUUUAGUCUGCGAUGGAUGAUUCUUCCUCGUGGCCAUAUUGACUCUCAGGCUCUUGCAAGCCAAGACAUGCCCGAUCAUAGACAGGAUAAAAGCCUGUCGAAAUUUUUAGCAUAGCAGAAUAUACCCAUAAUCUAUACAUAAACAGGACACUUUCGUUCAAAAUUUUUUACAGGACACUCUUGACACGAAGCCACAGACUGACAGCAUUUGGCCGAUGGAUUGCCUGUUUCAUAAUCACUAACCUGAGAUGCAGCUGUGACAUUGGGAAGCUCGGAGAAUUUGUUCAGGAUCCUAUAUGGCAAAAAUAGAUUAUAUUCGAAAUUCGUUCAAUAUUUUUGAUAGAUGAACCAUCAAAUCGCUGCUUGACUAACUGGUAGGUAGCGCUUACAUUAGCCAUACACCAUUUUUUGACAAAAAAGAAGCAUUAACUUCGGUCUGUAACUUAAUGUAUUGUAAAUGCUUAUCCAAGCAGGGAGUGGCAGACUGCCCGUGAUCCUAUUGGCUUUGUAAAACUAAAGAUGAACAGUUUAUGAGUUGUGCUUCAAUGCACUCCCUCCGUUUCAAAUUGUAGGUAUCGAGAUUUGUCAAAACGAUCUACAAUUUGGAAUGGAGGGAGUGUAAGCUCAGCUUGUUUCAAUUGAAGAUGAAAAAAAUAUGUCAGAUAAGCACUCUUAUCAGAUGAAAAAAUAUGUCAGAUAAACACUCUUAUCUGUUAUAAGAAAAAUUUUGCUUUGUAAAUACACAAAGCUGUAAA